UAAUCGCCCUGCUGAAUAUGUCUUCCCCCAAUAGUGAAGCUGCAGAAAUUACUGCAGACAUUCCAGAGAGCUUGGACCCUGCAGCCCGCCGGAGGAUCCAGAAUCGUCUCAACCAACGCGCAAGCAGAAAAAGACGUGCUGCCCAGUUCAAAAAGCAGGGACAUACAGACUUGAAAUGGGUCAUCUAUACCGACCAUGCAAAUACAUCGAAAAACAACAGUCCACCCGUCAAAUUAGACAAUGAUCAACCAAGUCAUGAACUCAUUGACCCCACAACUACUCAGAUCAAACAUCAGGAACAACAACCAUUCAGCGGAUUAGAUCUAGCAAAACGGUAUAAACAGAUAAACGACAUCCGAAGAAGAGCCCUACAAAGCCUUGCACAAAAAUCAAUCUCUCCAAAUGCAACCCUCUGCGUAUCCCAAUACAAUAUCCUCCGCGCCAUGUUCGCCAACGCCAAAAUAAUGGGCCUGACAAUGGAACUGCUAAACGAAGACAUCGCAUCUCAAUUCAAUAUCGUCGGCCAACCAACAUUUCACCUCCCAGCAAGCCUUGUCCCGUCCAAAUCACAGAAGGAAAUCGUCCACCACCCCUGGGUUGACAUAAUCCCAAUAUUAUCUUUACGUGAGGCUCUUUUAAUUCGGGAGGAUCUAUGUGAGGAAGAUGAGUUCUGCGGUGAUCUUUAUGGGGUUUGUGCAUCGACAACUGAAGUUGGGCUUCGGGUUUGGGGUGAGGCUUGGGAUCCGUUUGCUUAUGAGGCAUCGGAAUAUUUAUUAAGGAAGUGGAGUUGGAUGAUUGAGGAGUGUCCGGAUAUUGUUAGAUCUACAAAUUAUUGGAGGAGGAAGCGUGGAGAAAAAGCUCUCGUUCUUUGAUCGAGUUGAGGGGCUCGUUGACUGAGUAAUAAGCUAAUUUAAUUAGCCUUCAUAACGA